AUGGCUGUUACCGAGGCUCCAUGCGACUUGUCUUAUUGUAAGAUGAGGGGAAUUGUGUCAGUUCUCACUGCUUUUAUCAAGGAGAGGAAAAUGGGUCUGAAUGACUUAAUCUCGAAGCUGGUGUCAAACCCACAUACCUGUCAUCACUCUGAAGUUGACUUCCUCAAGAUCGAUGAGAACCAGAAUGAAGAGCUGGAUGAUGAUGAUGAACUUCUGAAUCCGAUGUGCCUGACGUUCCCCAGAAGCUCUCUAGCUGAGGAGUUGGCGAUCAAACCAAGUGAUUUUGACUACUUGAAAAUCAUUGGCAAAGGGAGCUUUGGGAAAGUCCUGCUGGCUCGUCACCGGGACAGCAACGAGUAUUACGCCGUCAAGGUUCUACAGAAGAAAAUCAUCUUGAAGAAGAAAGAGCAAAAGCAUAUCAUGGCGGAACGAAGUGUCCUGAUGAAGAAUAUCAAACAUCCUUUCCUGGUGGGGCUUCACUAUUCCUUCCAGACUACUGACAAACUCUACUUUGUCCUCGACUACGUGAAUGGAGGAGAGUUGUUCUACCAUCUACAGAGAGAGAGGGUGUUCCUAGAACCCAGAGCCAGGUUCUACGCUGCAGAGAUCGCCAGUGCUCUGGGAUACCUCCACUCCUUGCAUAUUGUUUACAGAGAUCUGAAGCCUGAGAAUAUCCUGCUAGCCUCUACGGGACACAUUGUCCUGACAGACUUUGGCCUCUGCAAAGAGGGCCUGGCACCCACUGGAACCACCACAACCUUCUGUGGAACGCCAGAGUACUUGGCCCCCGAGGUGCUGCAGAAGCAGGCGUACGACCGCACAGUGGACUGGUGGUGCCUGGGAUCGGUGCUGUACGAGAUGCUCUACGGACUGCCACCCUUCUACAGUCGUAACACAGCAGAGAUGUACGACAACAUCCUGAACAAGCCUCUGAUACUGAAGCCCAACGUGUCCAACUCAGGCAGGGAACUGUUGGAGGGGCUCCUGCAAAAGGACCGCACCAAGAGGCUGGGAGUGAAAGAUGAUUUUAUGGAGCUGAAGUGCCACACCUUCUUCUCACCCAUCAACUGGGAUGACCUGAUGGCCAGGAAGAUCACACCACCCUACAUUCCCUCUGUGAGCGGGCCCACGGAUCUCAGGCACUUUGACCCAGAGUUCACCCACCUCCCUGUGACCUCGUCGCUGUGCAACACGGACGGUCUGCUGGUGACCAGUAGCAUCAAGGAGGCAGCUGGAGCCUUCCCAGGCUUCUCCUAUGGACCCACUGACGGCUUCAUGUGAGGGACUCCUCUAUCCUCAUCACCUCUAUUGAUGAUGAGAGGGGGAUGGGAACAAAUAGAGACACAGGCAGAGACAUGCACCAUGUACUGUAUGAGUGGUGUGGGAGGUGUUCAUGGUCUGUUAAGAAGGCUCCUGAACAUGCCUGAGAGGAAAACAAGGGGGGUCUAGAACUCCAGAUCUCCUGGGAUUGUUGCAUGUACAUCGCAUGGGACUCCAAUCUUCAAUACCAAUGACCCUACUUACCUGAUGCAAAGUGUGCCAAGGUGGGAUGUUGUUUUGUACUACAGGGAGAAAGGACGUUUCUCUCUAAUCGCUGUGGACCACGACCACUGUCGGAAAGAAGAGUGAAGUGGCUGAAGUUUCACGGCAGCGGAAACCCGAGAGCAGUACUGCGCCGACGCGGCUAGGCUACAUCAAACACAGACUGUAGAGGGCCCUGCCUUCCUGAUCAUUCUGUAUAUAUAUAUUGAUGACUUACAUGUCACAAUGCAUUUGUUGUCAAUUGUUAUGUGAAUGCUGGAUUGCACUUGAGGCAUUGAGGGUGAUUGCAUUGUUUAAGCAUCCACUCUGUCUCAUGUUGAGCUGCAUAUCUGUUCCCCCCUUAAAAUCAUACUAUUGAUCUGUUCACCCUCAAAAUCAUACUAUUAAUCUGUUCACCCUCAAAAUCAUACUAUUGAUCUGUUCACCCUCAAAAUCAUACUAUUGAUCUGUUCACCCUCAAAAUCAUUCUAUUGAUCUGUUCACCCUCAAAAUCAUUCUAUUGAUCUGUUCACCCUCAAAAUCAUACUAUUAAUCUGUUCACCCUCAAAAUCAUACUAUUGAUCUGUUCACCCUCAAAAUCAUACUAUUGAUCUGUUCACCCUCAAAAUCAUUCUAUUGAUCUGUUCACCCUCAAAAUAAAUUAGCUAAACAAGUAGGAAAACACCAGAAAUGAUCAACAUGAAAUACGUUUCAAAUAAGGUAGCGUCGUACCAUCUGAACUUAAUUCUACUGGUCACCACAUUUUCUCCACAUGCAGAAAAUGUUGGAGCCAAAAAAUUACAAUGUAUAGAAAGCAGACACAAAAUAUUGUAUUUUACAAGAAAUCUGCAAUAUAAUUUAAUGUUAUAUUAACUGUAUCUGACCAAAACAAUCCAUUUGCGUUUCCAUUUCCAGGUACUGUUCAUCUUACGACUAUAUUUCAGUCCCGAGUAAUUACAAAGUAGUCUUUUAAAAACAAACUUUUUCACUUAACUCCUUAAAACAGAAAGCAAAUAUAAAUAUAUUACCAAGCUCUAAAUAUGUAAAACUAUUUAUACAUCUAAACAGAAAUGUACUCCCUAAGUGGGGAAAAAUUUAUUUUCUAACCUUUGUUCUUCUAAUGCCUGCACUUUUACACAUUUACCCACCUAAGACUGUGUUGACAAGCUGUUUGUAGACUUAAUAUAUUUUUGUCAUAAAUACAGAAGAUGGGGUAAUCAAUAUUAGGUCUUCUGCUGUAAUAGCACAUAUCAAUCAUUGUUAUUCUUGUGAGUGAAAGUGAUUGCUGUUUUGCUGGCAAAACACUAGAGAAUCCAUUAGAUUGUUAUGUAUAACCAUUUGUGUCGUGUACAGAACUCCAGCUAGAUUGAUAGAAAGGUACUGUGAAUGGUUUUCAUUUUGUAAAGUGUGCCUGUCUGUCUCAGUCGUGUUAGGAUAGGAAGUCCUGGUCCAUAUGUAUGUGUGUGUGGUAUCUAUUUCUUCCCUGUUAUCCUCAUGGUAUAGAGCAGUGUUUCCCAAACUCAGUCCUGAGCCCCCCCCACCCCGGUGCACGUUUUGGUUUUUGCGUUAGAACUACACAGCUGAGUUAAAAUAACC